AUGCCUAAACACUACGGAUCAGGAAGUGGCGGUGGUCAAACCGCUGUCAAAUUCCUUCAGAAUGAUCUUUGGCAUCGAGUUAUUGUGAGCGGUGCUGGAGGUGGAUCUGAUAAUGUGAAUGUGCCAGAUAACUAUAAUAAAACCGAUGAUGGAUCUGGAGGUUCCGGAGGGGGCUUCAUUGGACAAGGUUAUUGGUUAAACGGCACUUUGAACUCAUUGAGAUUAGCUAAUUCGACGUUUGGCUUUACAUUCGGAUCUGGUGAAUCUGCACAAGAAGAAGGAUCAAAAAAUCUGAAUGGAGUUUCUCCAGGCUUUGGAUAUUCUGAUAGAGCUGGCGCAGGGAGUGGUUGGUUCGGAGGAUUUGCAAGCCACAAUGGAAACAGUGGUUCUGGAGGAGGAAGUUCGUGGGCACUUUGUGCGAACGCUAUCAUCCCACAAGGAAGCAUUCCUGCCAAAGGAAGUUUCUGGAUGGAGAAUGAGAGUCAUCCUUACUCCUUUAGCCUAAAUGAUGGAUACAUUUUCAGCGAUGUCAAGACCUUUCCAGGUAUAUGGGAUGGCAAUGGUCGUCUUGUUAUCACUAUCCUUGACAGCAUUGUAUAUCCUUCUUGUAUGUGUAAUCAUUAUUUACAUUACUCAUAUUCAUUAUUUUUAGUCUUUUUUUUGAUGUAA